UCUCCCUGGAGCCCUUGUCUUUGGUCGUUGGAACCGGGCGAUGUCCUUUUCGCUGGGCGGGUACCAGCGGUCGUGGACCUGUUGGACUUGCUGGCCCACGUCACCUGGCUAGCAGCUGGGGACAGUUGUGCAGGCCGACUUUCCAGCUGCAGAGGCUACCUCCUGAUGUCUGUGUUCUUCCCAGUAUCUCGUUCUGUCCAGUUUUCUGGAGGUCUCCGGCGAGGACAGGCGGCAUUCUGAGCCACUGUUGAGUGGGGGGAGCCGGCGAUCGCCCGGUCGUGCCUCUCCUGCAAGAGCCGGGAAAGAAAUGAAGAAAGGCCUCCAAAAUGAAGUUGCUGACUCGGGGUGCGCGGAGCCCUGCUAAGUGGAUAGACGCUGGAUGAGACCCUGGCUGCUGAUUUCUGGAACAUGGCCCUGUACCCCGUGUCUGCUGAGGUCAUCCACCAGGUGGAAGAGUCCCUGGACGACGAGGAGAAGGAAACGAUGCUUUUCUUAUGUAGAGAUGUGGCUGAGAACCUGGCUCCAGCUAAUGUCAGGGAGCUUCUGGGCACCUUAAGUGAGAGAGGCCAGCUCUCCUUGGCUACCUUGGCUGAACUGCUCUACAGAGUGAGGCGCUUCGACCUGCUUAAGAAGAUAUUGAAGACGGACAAAGCGGCUGUGGAGGCCCACCUCCGCAGAAACCCUCACCUUGUUUCUGAUUAUAGGGUGCUGAUGAUGGAGAUUGGCGAGAAUCUGGAUAAAUCUGACGUGUCCUCGUUAAUUUUCCUUAUGAGAGAUUACACAGGCCGAGGCAAGGGAGCCAAGGACAAGAGUUUCUUGGACCUGGUGAUUGAACUGGAGAAACUGAAUCUUGUUGCUGCAGAUCAACUGAACUUACUAGAAAAAAGCCUGAAGAGCAUCCACAGGAUAGAUCUGAAGACCAAAAUCCAGAAGUACGCGCAGUCGGGCCAAGGAGCAGGAUCAAAUUACGUGAAUUCUCUCCAGGCUUCUCUUCCAAACUUGAGCAUCAAGGAGCCUUCAUAUAACUCAAGGCUCCAGAAUGGGCGAAGUAAGGAACAAAGAUUUGCGGAACACCUUCACGUUCAAAGAAAACCGGUGAAGACAUCCAUUCAGGAAUCGGGAGCUUUUUUGCCUCGGCAUAUACACGAAGAGAGUUACAGGAUGCAGAGCAAGCCCCUGGGUAUCUGCUUGAUCAUCGAUUGCAUCGGCAACGACAUAGAAUAUCUUCGCAGGACCUUCACAUCCCUGGGCUAUCACGUCCAUCCUUUCUUGUUUCCCAGCGCGGAAGAGAUAAUUAAGAUUCUUCACCGGUUUGCCAGUCUGCCCCAACACAGAGACUAUGACAGCUUCGUGUGCGUUCUAGUGAGCCGGGGAGGCUCCCAAAGGAUGAUGGGUGUGGAUCAGGCUCCCACGGGGUUCUCCUUGGAUUAUGUCAAGAGCAUAUUCAUGGGGGACGCGUGCUCUCCUCUAAGAGGGAAGCCAAAGCUCUUCUUUAUUCAGAGCUACGAGGUGUUAAGUAGCCAGUUGGAAGACAGCAGCCUAGAGGUAGAUGGGCCGGCAGUAAGAAGCUUAGACUCUAAGACCCAGCAUCCUGGCCCCUGCAUGGUCCACCGCGAAGCUGACAUCUUCUGGAGCCUGUGCACGGCGGACGUCUCCCAGGUAGAGCAGCCCACCAGCUCAUCCUCCGUGUACCUGCAGAACCUCUCCCGGCAGCUGGAACAAGAAAGGAAACGCCCACUCGUGGACCUCCACGUCGAGCUUAUGGACAAAGUUUAUGCCUGGAACAGCAGAGUUUCUUCUAAGGAGAAAUACUAUCUGAGCCUGCAGCACACCCUGCGAAAGAAGCUCGUCUUAUCUACAUGAAAACCGGAAGCCCUCCAGGUUCUUGGAGCAUAGGCCAGGGUGGCUUAGAGCUGGCAAAGCUCCUGAUCGCUUGGGUGCAGGCCUUGAAGGUCAUACUGGCUCUGGUUUUGGAGCAAGCCCUGCUUUCUGAUUCUCUUGUGAACAGGCAUCAGCUGUAGCCCGGCUGCCAUGAACUACACCACUCCAGCCGCCAUGUGUCCCCACUGGGAUGGCAAAGUGAGCCUCUCCUCCUUAAGUUCCUGGGCCAGAUGUUUUAGUACAGUGUGGAGAAUGGUAAGGUAUAAUCCCAUUGCUUCUUGGGGUUAUCUACCAAGAUGUACUAUGUUAUUCUAAGAGUUAUAGUCUGUGGUUCAAGAUUUGAACUAUGACACCUGAGUGUACCUUAAGGAGGAGACUUGCCUGGGUUCAUCACCUAUUUGGGAAAAUUGGUUCUGUGUCAAGGGUCAUUAAAUUAUUAGCUUAUUAAGUUAUUAGAAGUAUCCAUUGCCUCAUGAACUUCUUGGCAUUAUUGCUCUUGAAUUUGAAUAUUGGAUUUGAAUUUUUGUGAGCUAGCUUCACAUAUACAUAGUUUUUUUUUUGUUUUGUUUUGGUUUUUUUUUUGAUUUUUUUUUUUGAGACAGGGUUUCUCUGUAGCUUUGGAGCCUAUCCUGGAACUAGCUCUUGUAGACCAGGCUGGCCUCGAACUCACAGAGAUCUGCCUGCCUCUGCCUCCCGAGUGCUGGGAUUAAAAGCGUGAGCCACUACCGUUCGGCUUUUCUUCCAAACACAAAGUUUAUUAUGUAUGUUUAAAAUUUACAAUAUGAUGUUUUGGAGCACAUAGAGACUGAAAAAGGUCAACUACAGUAAAACAAAUCAGCUGACCUAUAAUUUCCUAUAGUUUUCUGUGACAGGAGAGGACUAUGUCUAUUUAUUUAUUAAAUACUAUUGAAACAAGUGUUGUAAUAGGAGCAGCGGGCUGCUUCCCGCCACCCGGCUAGCUUUACCCGAAAUAAUUACAUGGAAACUGUAUUCUUUUAAACACUG